GAUCGCCAGAGCGCGAAAGGAUUUAAAUACAAGAGUGAGGAUAUUGAAACGGAUCCACUCUGUAACAGGGAGCCAAUGGAGCUCGGCGAGGAUUGGGGUAAUGGACGUGCGAAAUUUAAUGCUGGUUGUGAGGAGUCCUGAGACCAGCGAGCCCCCUCAUCGUUCUGUCAUUUCAGCAUGGCAAGUGAAGAGGAUGACCCAAUCAUAGAAGAGAUUGAGGUGUACCUGGCAAAAAGUCUAGCAGAGAAAUUAUACCUAUUCCAGUAUCCCGUGCGUCCAGCCACGAUGACAUAUGAUGACGUCACCCACUUAGCAACAAGAAUAAAACCAAAGCAACAGAAAGUUGAGCUCGAGAUUGCUAUUGAUACACUUAGUCCCAAUUACUGCAGAAGCAAAGGGGAGCAGAUUGCGCUCAAUGUAGAUGGCACCUCCACCGAUGACUCUGGAAGUACCUAUGCAUCUAAACUCAUGGACAAACAAAGCUUCUCAUCCAUCCAGGCUGCAACCAACACUUCCCGCUACGCUGUUGCUGUUUACAGGAAAGGUGAGCUGCACGUUACCCCUUUACACGGUAUUCUCCAGAUGAGACCAAGCUUUUCUUACCUGGAUAAAGCGGAUGCAAAACACAGAGAAAGAGAGGCUGCAAACGAAGCUGGCGACUCUUCUCAAGACGAGGCUGAAGACGACGUGAAGCAGAUAACCGUUCGCUUUUCACGCCCGGAGAGUGAACAGGCUCGACAGCGUCGCAUACAGUCCUAUGAAUUCCUGCAGAAAAAACAGGCAGAAGAGCCUUGGAUUCACCUACAUUAUCAUAGCGUUAAGGACAGUCGCUCUGAACACGAGCGCCAGUAUCUCCUCAGUCAGGCAACUGGAAUGGUGGAGACGUCAGAACUGAUCAAAUCUCCAAGCGAGUAUUUGUCUAUGUUGAUGCCUCCGGUUGAAGAAGAAAAAUUGGUUAAAGUUCUGGCUCCCAACAACGUGCUCUCUAUGGCACAGCUACGGACUUUGCCUCUUGGAGAUCAAGUAAAGACCCUGAUGAAGAAUGUUAAAAUCAUCCAGUUUGCAAACCUGAUGGGUCUCCUGGGAUCUGGAGUCGAUUCAACCGCUGUCCUACGCUGCAUACAGCAAGUGGCCAUGUUAGUUCAGGGUUGCUGGGUCAUCAAAAGCGAUGUCUUGUACCCGAAAGAUACCUGCAGCUCUUACAGUGGAGUUCCAGCUGAAGUACUUUGCAGGGGCAGAGAUUUUGCUAUGUGGAAGUUUACACAGGGUCGCCUAGUGGUGCGGAAGGAGGUAUCUGCCAUUAUCAAGCUUCCCCCUGAAGAUGUGAAGGACUUCCUGGAGCAGAUGGCCGUGCCUCGCAUCAACAAGGGCUGGGAAUUCCUGCUGCCAUACGAUGCUGAGUUUGUCAAGAAGCAUCCAGAUGUUGUCCAGAGGCAACACAUGCUUUGGAUGGGGAUUCAGGCCAAGUUAGAGAAAGUCUACAAUCUCUCAAAGGAAGAUAUGAUGCCAAAGAAAUCAGUACGUCAACCAGAUUUGCCAGUGGUGAUCCCUGGGGAGCAAAGAGUGAAUGCGGCCAAAGCUAAAGUAAGGGAAAACCAUGCUGUCCUGGAGACUGAAUACCAGCAGCGGAAACUGCAGCAUAAGGCGAGCAAGCAGUCUGCACAGGAUUCCAGGGUGGACAUUCUGAACGUCAGAAUCAAAGAGGAGCCUUUAAGCGACGAGGAACCGAUGGAGACGUCUGCGUAUGGUGCAGGGGUGCCAAACAAUGAGCUAGCCAACGGCCUUCAUUCCCAGAGCUCACUUGACUCGUUGAACGGGCAUAUGGCCACCCAGUGGCCGGGGGCACGGAGCGAGGUGGUGGCUACAGAACUGAAAGAAUUUGUGAAAACAACAUUUAGGAAACAUUUUGUGCUCAGUUUAAGCGAGCUGAAGCGGCUCUUUAACUUGCACUUGGCCAGUCUACCCCCAGGACACAUCUUGUUCAGUGGCAUUUCGGACAGAAUGAUACAGGAAACAGUUUUGGACUCUGGUUGCAAGCAGAUCUUGGUGCCUUUCCCUACACAGACGACAGCUUCAGCUGAUGAACAGAAGGUCUUUGCACUAUGGGACUCUGGGGACUCCUAUGAUCAACAUCGGCAGAUUCUCCUUGAAAUAUUUUCAAAAAACUAUCGUGUGCGGAGGAACAUCAUCCAAGCCAAACUGAGCCAGGACUUUGGAGACCAUCUGAUCAAGCAGGACUUGGACAAAAUCCUGAAGGAAUGCUGCGCAAGUCAUGGUGGAAUGUGGUAUCUUAAAGGGACAGCACCUUCUUGACAGCUGUGGAGGCCCCUGUUGCUUCCAAGUUACCAUCCUUUGGAACAGGGCGAUGAGAUCGCAGAUAAUGAACUCGGAGAUCUGCUCCACAGACCGGGGGCAGGAUGAUGAAGGUUACCUAACCUUCCAGACCUUGACAGUUCAGGAAAAACCCAAAUCCAAUUGCGCCGCAUCUGCAUAGGAUCAAAGUAAGGAAACCAGGAAACCGAAACCCCAAUUCACAUUUGCUGCAAAGCAUUUAUCUAUUUUGGGAUUGUUUGAACAUUUAUUGAUUUUUUUUGUAAGUUGUGGGCAUUUAUUCUUCGGUUCCGACAUUCAAAGCGAGUUCCAAAUCUGAAAAUGUUCAAACUGGAAAGUAGUACAAAGAUAAUCAUGGAUGGUAUGUUAUUUGAAUUCCUACUUUGAAAUCAUCUUCAGACCCUUCAUCCCCAAAUCUAUAGAUUGUUUUAUAACAAAUAGCAUCCAAAUCAGUGGUGUGAGUUUUGGUUUCACUUGACAUUAAAAGAUCUUUGCAACACCUUCCACCUGAAAGCAAAGAGCAUUGAUUGCUUCCGCAAUGCCCUGUGAUCUGAGUCUUGUAUAAUGAUUAUUCUUGACUGUAAAGUAAUAUUUUUUUUAUGACCAGUGACCAGGGUCUGAUCUUUAUUUGUGUCUGUGGUUAUUUUGGUGCAAGACUGAAAACUUUGGCUUUUUUCCCCCAAAAGGGCACCCCCCACACAACGUAAAAUAGACAGUUUGCAGGCAAAAUGGAUAUGAAACCUGCUUGCUUCCUGCAAGCAAGAUGGGAUUAAAUUAUGUAAAUAAAAUGUUAAAACCCA